AUGGCAGAGACCCUCUGGGGUCAUCAGAGCCACGGCUGGCACCCCCAGCCCAGGCUGGGCACCCCCAGCCAGCCCCCUGGCACCACCGUGUGCUCCUGGCAGCCCGGAUCCCUGUUGGCUGCCCACUGCCCCUUCCCACAUGUCCGGUAUGGGGCGGUGUCCCCUCAUCGCUCCUACCACAGGAUACGGGAAACUGUGACCUUCACCUGCAACCCGGGGUACACCCUGCGGGGUCCCCACAGCAGCACCUGCAGAGCUGGCUACUGGUGGGACCCGCCCCUGCCAGAGUGCAAAAAGGAGGUGACAUGUCCUCGGGCACCGAGCAUCGCCAACGGGAGGCACAGCGGGCAGCCCUCGGCCAGGGUUUCCCGGGGAGUGACCGUGUCCUACAGCUGCAAGGAGGGCUUUGAGCUGCUGGGCAAUGUGUCCAUCACCUGCACGGACUCCGGGCUCUGGAGCCGGCCCCUGCCCCGCUGUGAAGCCAUCGGUUGUCAGGUGCCCGAGGUGCAGAACGGGAGGGUCCACAACCUGCAGAGCACCUACAGAGCUGGAGAGACUCUGCACUUCGACUGUCAGCCUGGCUAUGCAACAGAGGGCACCGAUGAGGCUCGGUGCCAUCCCGGGGGCACCUGGGACCCUCCGGUGCUCGUGUGCCAGAAGGUCCGGCCGUGCCCGAUGCCUCCAGAGGUCGCCAAUGGAAAUCACAACGGGCAGAACAAAGCCUUUUAUACCACUGGAAUGUCUGUAAGGUACAGCUGCAAUCCUGGCUAUUACCUGGUUGGAAAUGCCGCUGUGUUCUGCAGAGCAUCGGGGAGCUGGAGCCAGCCCCUCCCUCGCUGUGAAGAGGUGACAUGUCCUCGGGCACCGAGCAUCGCCAACGGGAGGCACAGCGGGCAGCCCUCGGCCAGGGUUUCCCGGGGAGUGACCGUGUCCUACAGCUGCAAGGAGGGCUUUGAGCUGCUGGGCAAUGUGUCCAUCACCUGCACGGACUCCGGGCUCUGGAGCCGGCCCCUGCCCCGCUGUGAAGCCAUCGGUUGUCAGGUGCCCGAGGUGCAGAACGGGAGGGUCCACAACCUGCAGAGCACCUACAGAGCUGGAGAGACUCUGCGCUUUUCCUGUGAUGCUGGUUACACCACAGAGGGCACCGAUGAGGCUCGGUGCCAUCCCGGGGGCACCUGGGACCCUCCGGUGCUCGUGUGCCAGAAGGUCCGGCCGUGCCCGAUGCCUCCAGAGGUCGCCAAUGGAAAUCACAACGGGCAGAACAAAGCCUUUUAUACCACUGGAAUGUCUGUAAGGUACAGCUGCAAUCCUGGCUAUUACCUGGUUGGAAAUGCCGCUGUGUUCUGCAGAGCAUCGGGGAGCUGGAGCCAGCCCCUCCCUCGCUGUGAAGGGACUGUGUGCAUCAAUCCAACCAUAGCCAAUGGAAGGCAAGUUGGUGGCCACGGACCCCUCUCUGCACCUGGGCAAACGGUGACAUUUCGGUGUCACAAUGGUUACAGCCUGCGGGGCAGUGCCAGCGUGUCCUGCCAGGAGGAUGGCAGCUGGCAGCCCCCUGCUCCUGAGUGUGACAGAGCCCUGCCCCACCACAACUCCUCCAACAGGUCUCCAGGUGCUUGUGGUACCCCCACAACGUUACAGUUUGCUGAGCUAAAUGUGGAGUAUAGAAAUGCCAUUGGUUUUUCUGUUGGGAAGACUGUGCAAUACACUUGCCGCCCUGGAUAUGCUAAAGUCCCAGGAUUGUCACCUACUCUUACCUGCCUUGAGAGCGGAGUGUGGUCAGAAGCACUAGAGUUCUGUAAAAGGAAACAGUGCAGUCACCCUGGUGAGCCUGUGAAUGGCAAGAUUAUUUCCCUGACAAAUCUCCAGCUUGGGUCUACAGUGGUUUACAGCUGUGAGGAAGGGCACAGGCUAAUUGGACAGUCCAGCAGACACUGUGAGAUCUCUGGGGGACGUGUCGAGUGGAGCGGGGACAUUCCCCUCUGUCAGCGCAUCCCUUGCAAGCCCCCUCCGGACAUCCCCAACGGGAAACACUCGGGGAGGCUGCAGGACGAGUUCCACUACGGCAGCUCGGUGAUCUACACCUGCAACCCCGGCUUCCCUGUGCACGGGGAGCUCUCCAUCCACUGCACCACCCGUGACGGCUACAACGGCGUCUGGAGCGAGCCCCUGCCCGCCUGUGGAGAGGCCAAUUGUCCUGUCCCACAGAUCCAGAAUGGGAGGAUCGUGGCUUCCAGGUCUGCCUAUGCACACAAGGACACUGUGACCUUUGAAUGUGACCCAGGCUACGUCAUUCGUGGCCACAGAGAGGUCCAGUGCCAACCAAACAACACCUGGGAGCCCCCUGUGCCAGUCUGCCAGCAAGCUGGCUGCAGAGCUCCUGCCAGGCUGGGCUUUGCCGAGCUGAAGGAGCCCUACAGGAACCAGACGAAGUUUCCUGAGGGCAGCAGGGUGGAAUACGAGUGCCAGCCUGGCUACACCCAGCUCCCGGGGGUGUCACCAGCCGUGACCUGCCUCAGGAACCAGACGUGGUCUGCAGUGCUGGAGUUCUGUAAAAGGAAGCAGUGUCCCAACCCAGGAAACCCAGUGAAUGGCAGAGCUGCUGUCCUGACAGAUCUCCUCUUUGGAUCCCGAAUUAAUUACACUUGUGACAAAGGGUACAAGCUCGUGGGAGUCUCCCAGAGAAUUUGUGAGGUCUCUGGCACACAUGUCUUGUGGAGUGGGGAUCCUCCUGUCUGCCAGCGUAUCACCUGCUCUGCCCCUCCGGCCAUCCCCCACGGGACACACAGCGGGGGCUCCAGGGACAGCUUCUCCUUCGGGGACGUGGUCACCUACACCUGUGCCUCGGGGCUGGCCCCAGCUGGGGACACCUCCCUGUCCUGCACCUCUGUGGAUGGGGAGCAUGGCACAUGGAGUGGGGCAGUGCCACGGUGCCAAGAGGUGAGGUGUCCUGCGCCCCCCAGAAUUGCCAACGGGCGGCACAGUGCCAGCCCCGGGGCCGGGCACAGCCCGGGCUCCGUGGUGCUGUACUCGUGUGCCGAGGGCUAUUCCCUGCUGGGGAGCGCCUCCAUCCACUGCACGGCCAAGGGAACCUGGAGCCGGCCCCAGCCCCGCUGCCAAGUGCUGCCAUGUCCUUCCCCUCCAGUUAUCAGAAACGGCCAGCACAACAGCAAGGGUGUGAGGGAGUUCAUCCCUGGCAUGUCAGUGAAGUACCACUGUGAGCCUGGGUACGCUCUCACUGGGAAAAGCAUGGUUUCCUGCUUGCCCUCGGGAGUCUGGAGCAUCCCUUACCCCCGGUGUGAAGUGAUCACCUGCAGCAGCCCCAGCAUCAAGGACGGGGAGGUGGCAGAGGGCUGGAGGGCUGUGUACCACCCUGGGGACAACGUCACCUUCCAGUGCCACCCGGGCUUCGUGCUGAGGGGCAGCCGUGGGGCCGAGUGCCAGCCCGACAGCCGCUGGGUGCCUGCUGUCCCCACCUGCCAGCCAGUGCUGCUGUGCCCACCGCCCCCCGUCAUCGCCCACGCCACGCUCAGCGCCCAGCCGGGGACCAACUUCAGCAGCGGCACCUCCGUGAGCUACAGCUGCCAGCCCGGCUUCUCCCUGCUCGGGGACCCCUCGCUGCUGUGCACGGCCUGGGGCAACUGGAGCCUUCCCUACCCACGCUGUGCAGCUGGUUGUGGCACACCAACACCGCUGCUGUUUGCUGAGCUAAGCAAGGAAUAUGAAAAUGAGACUGAGUUUCCUGUUGGGAUGACUGUGAACUACACUUGUCGGCCUGGAUACGUGGAACAGCCACAGAUAUCACCAACUGUCACGUGUCUUGAAAAUCUCACGUGGUCUGAAGCCCAGGAGUUUUGCAGAAUGCUGCAGUGCUCUUCACCUCCAAAUAUUGACAAAGGAAACCACGAUGGCCAUGACUUGGAGGUUUUUCCCACUGGGAUGGUUGUGAACUACAGCUGUGACCCUGGCUACAGCCUCCUGGGAGAGGCUUCCAUCUACUGCACCGACUCUGGCAACUGGAGCCUCCCUCUGCCUCAGUGUGCAGGUGGCUGUGGUGCACCUCCAAACCUCACCUUUGCUGAGCUAACCAGGGAAUACAGAAAUCAGCAGGAGUUUGCUGUUGGGGACACCGUGCGCUACAGCUGCCGGCCGGGACACUUGAGACGCCCCAGAGUGCCCCAAAUUCUGACUUGCCUCCAAAACCACACGUGGUCUGAAGCCCUAGAGUUCUGUAAAAGGAAGCAGUGUAAACACCCAGACCCCCCCAGGAAUGGCAGAGUUGUUGUCACAGAUCUCCUUUUUGGGUCGAGCGUGAACCACACGUGUGAUGAAGGGUACAGACUGGUGGGACAGUCCCACAGGAAAUGUGAGAUUUUGGGACAAGAUGUUGCUUGGACUGGUCUGCCUCCCAUCUGUCAGAGGGUGGUGUGCCCGGUCCCACAGAUCCGGAAUGGGAGGGUGGCUGUCCCCAAGCCCCGCUACACCUACAGGGACUCUGUCACCUUCAAGUGCCACAGAGGCUUCACCCUGAGAGGCCACCCCACGUCCCAGUGCCGAGGUGACAGCAGGUGGCACCCACCUCUACCUGUCUGUGAGCAGGAUGGAGCGGCAGAACGCUAUCACCACCCUGAAAGCACAACAAAGCCAGUACCGCACUGCUCCAAGCCUGCAGAUAUCACCCACGGGUUUUUCCGUAGCCCAGAAAAAGCAGUUUUUACUCCGGGAACAUAUGUGAACUACAUCUCUGUGAAGUGUCUGCAGCCUCCAGACAUCCCCAAUGGAAGUCUGGAAGGCAACACCUCAGGCACGUUUCCCUCCGGAGCCGCGGUUUCCUACAGCUGCGAUCCCGGUUACUCACUGCUUGGGAACGCUGUCAUCAGCUGCACGGGCUCGGGGUCCUGGAGCCAGCCCCUCCCGCAGUGCAAAGAGAUCCGAUGUGAAUUCCCGGAUGUCCAAGGUGUUAAAAAAUCCAUUAAAGGAAAUACUUACCGCUCUGGGACUAACAUCACUCUUGAAUGUGACGAUGGUUACAUGCUGGAAGGCAUCAGUCACACCCAGUGCCAGGAGGAUUUCAGCUGGGACCCUCCCGUGCCAGCCUGUAAACUGACAUCCCCCAAGUCCGGGUCAGUAGGACUAGGAGUGGCAGCCGCCGCAGUUCUGCUGCUCCUGGGGGCCGGUGUAGUCUGGAAAAUAAUUUCCAAGCAGAAGGAAGGUAGCUCAGGAUCUGAUGAGGCUCAGCCUGCGGGUGCUGCCUGGGGGGAAUUCUGUGCGCUGCUCCUGAUGAAGAAUAUUUCCUUUAUCCCCAAAAAACUGGAUAACCAAGUGGAUAACCCCAAGCUUUGCGGCCGAGCCUGGAAACACCGAGCUAACCCUGCAGGCCCGUGUGUGACGGAACACCGGCACUGCCGGGGUGACGAAACGCCCGAGCUGUCCCCAGAGUGUCCCCACGGUGUCCCCAAAAUCUCCCCACACGGAGCCUCCGGUGCUGAGGGCACGCCCGGCCAUGGCGGCGCUGAGGGCGGGCCGCGCAUGCGCAGCCGGGCCCGCGCUGCGUCUCUGCUGCCGCCGCCGCCGCCGGGAGGGAACGGAGCCGAGCGGAACCGAGCGGAACCGAGCGGAACCGAGCGGAGCCGCCUCAGCCGCGGCCCCGGCCCCGGCCCCGGCCCCGGCCCCGCUGCGGGGAUGGGACAGCUCCCGGUGCUGCCGUGGGUGCUGCCGCCCGUGCUGCUGCUGCUGCUGCUGCUGCUGGGGCAGCUCGGCCGAGCUCGGGCUCAGGGUGAGUGCCCCAAGCCAGAGCGGCUGCAGUACGCAGAGCUCAGCGAGAGCUCCAGGGAAAUGCAGAAUUUUCCAGUUGGGAGCCAAGUGUCCUUCACCUGCAGGCCGGGAUACAUGAGAGUGCCAGGGAUGUCAUUCACCUGGACAUGUGGGGAUGACUUGCAGUGGUCACCCACGGGCGUGUUCUGUACAGCAAGGAAAUGUACAUACCCAGGAGACUUGGAAAAUGGUUAUUUUGAUCCAACAGAUCUUACAUUUGGUUCAAAAUUGACAUUUUCUUGUAAUCAAGGGUACAGAUUACUGGGUAAUGAAGAGAUUUCCUGUACUAUCAGUAGUGGAGUUGUUGGCUGGAGUGGACUUAUGCCUUACUGUGAAAAGAUUCCUUGUGAGCCACCUCCCAGAAUAGCCAACGGGGUCUACGAGGAGAGAGACAGCUACGUGUACCAGAGCUCAGUGACCUACAGGUGCCAGGAUGUUCCCAGGGGCAGUGAUCCCUUCUCCCUCAUUGGCCCAGACACGAUUCACUGCACAGCUGAUGCACACUCCAAUGGAGUUUGGAGUGGGCCACCUCCAGAAUGUCGAGUGGUCAAAUGUGAAGACCCCAGAGUUGAAAAUGGGAGAAAAACAUCUGGAUUUGGACAUUCCUACACUUACAAGGACUCGGUUGUGUUUGAGUGUGUUCCAGGCUAUUUCAUGGUUGGAGCAGAGGUAAUUACCUGUGAAGAAAAUAACAGCUGGGUUCCUGCAAAACCAACUUGUGAGAAAAUUACUGAAGAUCUGUGUCCUGCCCCGAAGAUCUCCAAUGGGGUCUUGAUUCCAAACAAACCUUCCUAUGGAAAAGGAGUGUCUGUGCAGGUCAGGUGCAAUGCUGGCUGCUCCUUCCCUGAUGGCUCUGUGGAGGUGACAGUGACCUGUCAGGGACAGGGUUCCUGGGGUGCUUUACAGCACUGUGCCUGUGAGUCUGAAGGUUCUGGUUCCACACCAAUCAUAAGUCAUGGGAGAGUGACAGCUGGACAAAAACCUUCCUACUCUGUGGGGGAUUCCAUUACCAUUGAAUGCUACACGGGGUACACCUUGCAUGGGCAGGCUCAGAUUCAGUACAGUGGAAACAACCAGUGGGUCCCUGCAGUGCCAACCUGCCAGCUCAGUGGAUAUAUUAUAGCCAUCAUCUGUGUGAUUGUGGUAAUUGUGAUGCUCCUGGCAGCCUUCUGGAUCUACAAGAAAUUCUUCUCACAGAAUGGCUCGUACACAGUUGAUGAGAGUUGCAAGGAAAUUUGUAUUUUAAAAGCUAAUGUCCCACCUGAGAUGGAAGAAACUGCACAAAUGAAUUAAUGAAAAGGUAUCACUUUCCACUUCAUUUGGACUUUUUGCAAUGCAGCUUAAGUGUCUUUUUUAUUGUGGUUUGCUUGGAAUUUUGGGAGUGUGGAAUCCCUCUAGCUGGGAACCUUGGCUUCCUAUAGGAAAGAAUGUUCUAACCUUUCAUUCAUUUUGGGAGAACAGGAUAUAAUAUAUUAAGAAUUGCCAUUUAGCAGUGUCAGUAAGAUCUUCCAGUGAUUGUAAAAAUCACCUUUUUUGGUGUUGUGUUUAGAGAAUAAGUAGCAAAUUGCUAAAAUACUCAGAAGAAUGUCUGCAGCCAUCCCAGUGGUGAGUUACUUUUCUUAACUAAUAGUUUAAUCCUCUGUAAUUAGAAGCUGGAAGCCACCUUUGAAACUCUAAAGGCAAUUGUGCAUCCCUUCAGAAGAAAACCAGAUCACAUCUCUCACAAUUAUUGAUUCAUCUGCAUUUUUGCUUUCUAGAAGAUAACAAAUGAAGGCACUAGCAAGAUCUUUUGAAACCUUCUUAUGAAAAGGUGAUUUCUUUUUUAAUUCAGAGUUCUGUAGCCCUGAAAAGCAUCAGGCCACAGUUGCUGAUGUCCUCUCCUGCAUUUUAACCUCAUGCUUAGUCCAGUGAGAUGCAUGUGACGAGUCUUGGGCUUCCUCCUGCACUUGUGUAGGGUCCAAUGAACUCUUCCAAAAUCUGCCUCUUCAAACCUUGUUUGACCAGAGCACUCUGCAGACAGGACAGCUCAGUUUCACUGUUCCUUGCCAGUAUAUUUUUUCAACCAGCAUCUUCUUUUUUUUUUUUUUUUUUUUUUUUUUUUUUUUUUUUUUUUUGUUGCUUUUCUCCAUUGCACAGAUUCUGAGGAGUUGAUGGGUUCUUUUAUUUCAGCUUAAUGCAAAGCUCUUUUCACAUGCAUAGUCUUGAUUUUAUUGACUUGUAAAGGACAAGUGAAUUUUCAGUAUUUUUGGUGAGGUUUUAUAGGAAGAUUAAGUUUUCCAAAGUAAUGUGUAGAUUAAGGAAUAUCAUCUUCACUCUGAAGAAAUAUGUUUCUUAUUAAGAUGGGUUCUGCUUUUUGGGUUAAUUUGGCUUAUUUUUGGAGAGAAAAAAGAAUCAGGAGAUAGAACUGAAUUCUUCAUUGCAAUUUUACCUUUACACAUGAUGAGAGAAAUUACUGGUAUGGUGUGUCAAAACACUGGUAAUUCUGGAGGUUUUCUUAUGGUUUGUGGAACUCCUUAGAGACUUGGAGUAAUAGCACUGAGGUUUGGUAUGGGGUGGCUUUUUUAUUAAAGCAAAACAGGAGUUACUCAAGAACUUGGGACGUAUGUAAAAAUGUCAUUGUGAAUUUUAGUUCUUGUAUGUUUAAGUAUUGUAAAGUUGCUGUUAGUGGACUGCAGGAUCAAAAUCCACACAAACUAUUAUUUCAUUUCUGGUUAGAAAAUACAUACUAAACAUCACACUGUAAUGAAAAUGAAUGUCUGGUGGAGUUAUGGGAAUCCUGUAACUGUUCUGGUGUUAGUUUUUGGUAAUAUCAGUCAUCACUUGAAAUGAUCCCUUUGGUUCAAAGGCUCUGCUUCUCCUUGGGUCAUUCCUGACAGUUCAGUAGCUGAAUGAAACUAAAAUCUCCUCAGUCCAGCAGUGGCUUGUUAAAGAGAGGCUAAAAAAUGAUCCAGUCUGUGACUUCACCUGCAGCUUUAAUGAUAAAACUAAGGAUGUGCUUUCAGUGUAAAUGUGAAACCUCUUGCAAUGUAAAACCUCUGAUCUGACUUGUUUUCUUGUUUGUAGGAAACGGGACAGCACUCCCAGUUCUGCCGAAUAUAAGAUGUAUAAAUCAUGACUGGCCUUUUUGGGGGGUGGGAGGGACUUUGCAGAGGAAUGUCCCUGUCAGAGCUGGAGAGUGAUUGAUUGUCAGUGAGUUGCUGUCGAUGAGUUCCUUGUGCUGUGUCUUGCUCUGCUGAUGAACUGGAGGAGGAGGUGUGUGAUAGGAUAAAAAGUGUGUGUGCAUAUAGAUAACACAGAUAGAUCCUGCUUUGCCUUCUGGCCCCCUCCUUGUCCUUCUGUGCACGUGAGCUGGGGGAGAGGCAAUACCUGUAGCAUGCCAGAGACUGUGGGAGUGCUGGAAUGUCACUGUCCCCGUGCCAGCUGCUGCUGCCUGCUGCCUUCAGUGCCACCCCUUUGCUUACAGAAGAUGUCCAAUAUUCUCCUCUCUCCUGUCGAGCUCUGCUCACUCAAACCUGGUUGUCCUUGCCAUCCAUUUUUGCACUUGAGAUGGUGUAAGUGGUUCUUUUGUUUCCUUUGUACUCUGAAAUGUGCUGUUGCUUAUUCCCUGAAGAGUCUGGUGCUGUUUAAGGCAAUGUCUUCUAGAAACUGCCACAGUUAAGAUCUUAUAUACUCUACCUCUUUGUCUGCCAAAGUUGGCUGCUGUGUAUAUAAUGAAAUUAAAGUGUGCCUUGAAAUCAGACUUUUAUAGCUUUUCCUUUGCUUUUGAGAAGGAAAAAAGCUGUAUAUAUUUCUGAUUCUUUGCUCUAAUCCCCCAAAGACUGCGGUGGAUUUGUUGGAAGUGAAAAGUGAAGGAUUCUGUAGCAAAGGCAUCCCUUGCCUGUUGACAGGAGGUCCCUAAUUAAAGGAACUGCUGAGAGCUCAGUGGUGGCCAUGCCCUGUCAUGAGCACAGUGGAAGUUCUUUAGGGUGCUUGAUUUUUAGUGAGCCUUGAUGUCAGUUCUGGAGAUCUUCUGUUGCUUUCAAGGAUAGAAACGGGUGCUGUGUGAUCCACCUGCCUUGCUUUUUCACUUGAAGUAACAUACUGCACAUUUCUGACCUCUGGCUGCUGACUGGAAUGUUAAAUCAUGCUCUGAAAAGCUGGAUUUAGCAUCAGAUUCCUGUUUAGAAGCAGAUGCUUUUCCCUUUCACUCACUUUUCAUGUUAAAGGAAAGCCAAACCAGUUCAGUUGUGUGAGAUGUGAUGGUCUCUUGUUUGCUGCUUGUCCAUCAAAUGUUUUAGUCCAGAUUCUGACUCCAGGAGCUCCCACUGGUGUUUGCUACGAGUUGAGACUCACUGCUGCUUCUGAUUCCUCAGCAAACCCCAGAUCUUAACUGGAACAGGUUUUAGCUUCACGAAUCUCACUGUCAGCAUACAGGCAGCGUCUGAUUUUCACAGAAAACCCAAAUAGCCUCACUUCAGAUGCCUGAGGCAGCAUUGAAACUGUUCUGGCUUGUCUGUGGCUGCUUGGCACUGCUCUCCCUGUCAUCACCAGCUUGUUGGAGUGGCACAGAACUGUUCAGGUCUUUAUAGGGCUUUUUGGGACAAUCCCAGCAGUCGUAUUGUUGGAGUUCAUAAUAGGCUGUGGUGAUUAGAAAGGGGCUUUGGCUCUGCAGGAGUUGCUGUUCGUGGCCUGGCUGAUACCUCAGUUUGAGAGAUGUUUGUAAACACUAGGAUGUGUGACUGGGACUGAGCGUGGUGGUGGUCAGGAGCUCAGCUUGCUUUGUGUGGCAUCUGCAAUGUGCUGAAAUACACUGGAAUGUUCUGAACUGGGAAGUGAAAUCACUGUAAAAAGUGGCCAUAUUUUUAUUCUUCUUUCUGGAUGUAAAGAUUAGUGAUGAUUUGUAAUAUUACAAAUAAAAAUGUUAAAUUAUUUAGCA